UAUUGUGCAAGAGUAUAUAAAAGGAAAAAAACAUGCCAAUUCUCCAAACUGCACUUUACACCACCACUGGCUUCACGAUGAAAAUCUUUCUGGUGUGCCUCCUCGCGGGGCUGGCUUGCGUGGCCUCCUCACCCCAAUCCUACGCCGGCGCGUCGACAUCUCCCGUAUCAGCUGUAGCUAACGCUGCCGGAUCACCUGGACAAUCGUCAGCCGCUGGAGCAGUAGUCCAGAAUGCAGCUCAAGGAAGUACAGCAGCAGCGGGAGCGGCAACGGGACAAUCUGCUAACGUCGUAGCUCAGGUUUCGGGUGGAACAGGACAGGUUUCUGCGGUUGGAUCCAGCAGACCACCUCUGAUUGCUCCCCCAUCUAUUCCUCCCCCUAUUGGCAUUCCAGGCUAAUUAAUUAUUAGUUAGUAUUUACAAAGCACACCUGUUUAGAAGCAAAAUUUAACACUGUUGGAUUAAAAUUGUAAUUUGAUGUAAAAAUUAAACACCGAAUUUGAUCGCA